AUGUCCGACUACGGCGGCGACGACGGUGGCUUUGAUGACGGUGGCUACGAUGGCGGCGCUAUCGACUUCGAUGAGGAAGCCGAGCCCGAAGUCAUGGACGACAUGGACGAUGCAGAGGGCGGCGAGGACCCCGACCAGCUCGACGACAACAUCGUAGUCUCGGGCGAUGCAAGCGCUGCUGCCGCCGCAAAAGACAAGGUCAAGAACUCGGUCGACGCCGAGAAGGAGAAGAAGGUCCCCAACGAGAACCGCACCACAACGCCAUACAUGACAAAGUACGAGAAGGCGCGUGUGCUGGGCACAAGGGCGCUGCAGAUCAGUGGUAACGCUCCCGUACUGAUCGACGUCGAGGGCAUGACAGACCCCCUUCAGAUCGCGGCCAAGGAGCUGCGCGAGAAGAAGAUACCCCUUGUAGUGCGAAGGUACCUGCCCGACGGCUUCUACGAGGACUGGACAUGCGAGGAGCUGCUGAUCUAA